GCACCAACCAUUGACUCCACCAGCAGAACUUGCCUCCCGAACCCUUUCUCUCUCACUCGCAGGAUGGCUGCUUCUCUCUCUGCAGGCAAGCAUGAGACUCUCCCAGGGCCGGUGCAGGACACCCAACAAAGUGUGAAGGAGCGCGGCCAGUGGAAUAGCAAAAUGGAGUUUAUUCUAACUGUGGCUGGUGCUAUUAUUGGACUUGGAAAUAUAUGGAGAUUUCCCUAUCUUUGUUACAAGAACGGUGGGGGGGCGUUCUUCAUCCCGUACAUCCUGUACCUGGUGACCUGUGGCAUCCCUCUGUUCAUCCUGGAAACGGCUCUGGGCCAGUACACUAGCCAGGGUGGCAUCACCUGCUGGAGAAAGAUCUGCCCGGUGUUUGAAGGAAUGGGCUAUGCCGCCCAAGUGAUUACUAUAUAUGGAUGUAUGACCUACAUUGUGAUUCUGGCGUGGGCUUUCCUCUACCUGUUCUCAUCCUUCACUGUUGACCUGCCAUGGGCCAACUGCAACAAUGCCUGGAACACAGAUGCUUGUGUGACAUUUGGCACCAAGAAUGCCAGCAGCAAUUGGACUGGUUCUCUCCUGAAUUCGUCAUCUUCCGUUGUGGAGUUUUGGCAGCGGCGAGUGCUGCGGAUAUCAGAUGGGAUUGAGUCCUUGGGAAGUAUUAGAUGGGAGCUGGCUCUGUGUCUUCUACUGUCAUGGAUUGUCUGUUACUUCUGUAUCUGGAAAGGAGUGAAGUCUACUGGGAAGGCAGCGUACGUCACGGCUACCUUCCCCUAUGUCAUGCUCGUGGUGUUAUUUGUCAGAGGAGUGACCCUUCCAGGAGCUGAAGAUGGCAUCUUCUACUACUUGUAUCCCAAUACAACACGGCUAGCUGAUCCACAGGUUUGGAUGGAUGCAGGAACGCAGAUAUUCUAUUCUUACGCCAUAGGCCUGGGCUACCUGACUUCUCUUGGAAGCUACAACAAAUACAACAACAACUGUUACAAAGACUCCUUCUACCUGUGCUUGUUGAACAGUGGGACCAGCUUCGUGUCUGGUUUUGCCAUCUUCUCCAUACUGGGUCAUAUGGCUCGAGAACAGGGUGUGGACAUCUCUGUGGUUGCUGAGUCAGGUCCUGGCCUGGUGUUUAUAGUGUACCCCCAGGCAGUGUCCCUGCUCCCCUGCCCUCAGUUCUGGGCUAUCUGUUUCUUCUCCAUGAUCAUCCUAUUGGGAGUGGACAGCCAGUUUGUCGGCCUUGAGAGCCUAAUGACCUCAGUAACGGACGUCUACCCAAACCUCAUCAGAAAAGGCUACCGGAGGGAGAUGCUGCUGCUGCUCAUCUGCUGCUGCUGCUAUCUGGUCGGACUCAUCAUGGUCACAGAGGGUGGCCUCUACAUCAUCCAGCUGUUUGACCAUUAUGUGUGCAGUGGUGCCACUCUGCUGCUCCUCUCCAUAUGCCAGUCACUCAGUAUUGGAUGGAUAUAUGGUGCUGAACGCUUCUGUGACAACAUUGAGGAUAUGAUUGGCUAUAGGCCCUCCUCCCUGGUCAAGUAUUGUUGGCUCUACAUUACCCCUACUAUCUGCACAGGAACCUUUGUAUUUUCCCUGUUGAAGUACAGUCCUUUGAAGUUCAACAACACAUAUUUGUACCCGUGGUGGGCCUACUGGCUAGGCUGGUUCCUGGCUAUGUCCUCCCUAUCUCUCAUCCCCAUCACCAUGGUCUACAAAUUGUACUGGGGCAAAGGGACUUUCUGGCAGCGCCUCCAAACAACCUGUCGGCCAGUAGAUGACCUUCCUAUGAUGAUGAAGGAGGAGAUGGUAGGUCUCUAUGCUCUGGACCAUGUUACUGACGAUGAGAAGACAUACAGCAAUAAUCUAUAGACUGACUGUUCUACUACUAGUUUUGGGGCUGGUUUCCCAGACACAGAUUAAGCCUAGUGGGACUGAGACCAUGAUUUUUCGUCCAGGACAAGGCUUAAUAUGUGUCCGGGAAACCAGCCUUUUUUUGUUGUCUAUUUUUGUAACUUAAAAAAAUAUAUAUAUAGAUACACACACACACACAGUGGCAAGAAAACGUAUGUGAUCCCUUUGGAAAUACCUGGAUUUCUGCAUACAUUGGUCAUCAAAUUUGAUCUGAUCUUCAUCUAAGUUACAAUAAUAGACAAACAUAGUGUGCUUAAACUAAUAACACUCAAAUUAUUGUAUUUUUUUGUCUAUAUUGAAUGCAUCAUUUAAACAUUCACAGUGUAGGUUGGAAAAAGUAUGUGAACCCCUAGGCUAAUAACUUCUCCAAAAGCUAAAUGGAGUCAGGAGUCAGCUAACCUGGUGGCAGUGUAGCCUAGUGGUUUGAGUGUUUUAUUAGUAACCGAAAGGUUGCAAGUUCGAAUUCCUGAGCUGACAAGGUACAAAUCUCCCGUUCUGCACCUGAACAAAGCAGUUAACCCACUGUUCCUGGGCCGUCAUUGAAAAUAAGAAUUUGUUCUUAACUGUCUUGCCUAGUUAAAUAAAGGUCAAAUGAAAAAACCCUGGAGUCCAAUCAAAGAGAGGAGAUGAGAUGUUGGUUAGAGCUGCCUUGCCCUAUAAAAAAAAAACACACGUAAUUUGAGUUUGCUAUUCACAAGAAUCAUUGCCUGAUGUGAACCAUGCCUCGAACAAAAGAGAUCUCAGUAGACCUAAGAAUUGCUGACUUGCAUAAAGCCUUGAUGUGCAAGACAAAUUGUAUAUAAAUGGAGAAAGUUCGACACUGUUGCUACUCUCCCUAGGAGUGGCUGUCCUGCAAAAAUGACUGCAAGAGCACAGUGUAGAAUGUUCAAUGAGGUUAAGAGAGUGUCAGCUAAAGACUUACAGAAAUCUCUGGAACAUGCUAACAUCUCUGUUGAUGAGUCUUUGAUACGUAAAACACUAAACAAGAAUGGUGUUCAGGGGAGGACACCACGGAAGAAGCCACUGCUGUCCAAAAAAAACAUUGCUGUACAUCUGAAGUUUGCAAAAGUGCACCUGGAUGUUCCACAGUGCUACUUGCAAAAUAUUCUGUGGACAGAUGAAACUACAGUUGCGUUGUUUGGAAGGAACACACAACACUAUGUGUGGAGAAAAAAGCCACAGCACACCAACAUCAAAACCUCAUCCCAACUGUAAAGUAUGGUGGAAGGAGCAUCAUGGUUUGGGGCUGCUUUGCUGCCUCAGGACCUGGACAGCUUCCUAUCAUCGACAGAAAAAUAAAUUCCCAAGUUUAUCAAGACAUUUUGCAGGAGAAAGUUAGGUUACCUGUCUGCCAAUUUAAGCUCAACAGAAGUUGGGUGAUGGAACAGGACAACGACCCAAAACACAGAAGUAAAUCAACAACAGAAGGGCUUCAACAGAAGAAAAUAUGCAUUCUAGAGUGGGGUCAGGACUCAACCCGAUUGAGAUACUGUGGCAUGACCUCAAGAGAGCAGUUCACACCAGACAUCCUAAGAAUAUUGCUCCACUGAAACAGUUUUGUAAAGAGGAAUGGUCCAAAAUUCCUCCUGACUUUUGUGCAGAUCUGAUCCACAACUACAGAAAACGUUUGGUUGAGGUUAUUGCUGCCAAAGGAGGGUCAACCAUUUAUUAAAUCCAAGGGUUCACAUACUUUUUCCACCCUGCACUGUGAAUGUUUACACGGUGUGUUCAAUAAAGAUAUGAACAUGUAUAAUUGUUUGUGUGUUAUUAGUUUAAGCAGACUGUGUUUGUCUAUUGUUGUUACCUAGAUGAAGAUCAGAUGACAUUUUAUGACCAAUUUAUGUAGAAAUCCAGGUAUUUCCAAAUGGUUCACAUACUUUGUCUCGCCACUGUAUAUAUAUUAAGAGUUUUUGGGGGCUUUGUGUUUUAUAUAGUUCAUGUAGAUGCUCAGAGUUGUGCUUGAGUAAUGUGGGGUAUUAGGUUUCAACUGCAGUAUGAUGUAUAGUGAGUGUAAUAUCAUAGUUUGAUUUAGCUUAAUCAACUUAAUAUCUAUAGCAUAAUGUGUGAAAUCAUAGAAACAUAUUUUUCUUAAUUAAGAUUGAAAUGAUUAGUGGGUUGAAGACCAAUCAUAAAAUAGCUACACCUAGAUCACCUUAACAUUUUGGGCCGGUUUCCCACACACAGAGAAACUCCAUUGAACUUGCUUUUUAGUCCAGGAUUAGGCUUAAUCUGUACAUACACUCAGUAUACAGUAGUUCAUCAAUCCAAGGCGUUGACGUGUAUCUUUUAUUUUGCCGGGUAAAUUGACAUGCAAUCACCCCAUUUGUAAUGAACUAUUCUUAUUUGAACAAACAAAAUGAACAACCUCAGGAUCUAAUUCUAAAGAAUAAUGUGAUAAACCCCUGUGUGUAAUUUGGUCACAAAAAGAUAAUGCAUUGUAGUCUACUGUUUAACUUCAAAUCCAUUUCUGAUGUCUGUAUCAUGUUGUAUCUUGGUGAAGUGUUGGUCGUGCAAUACAAAUCUACCACAGCGGGGUUUUUUAUGUAUUUUUUGAAAGUCAACAAGUACACCUGGAACAUUGUAUAUACAGGUAACUGCCAAAAGAAAGGAAACACUUGAGGGAUAAAUGGGGGGUACAAGGUCAAUUGGAAGCAGUUGCUUUCACACAGGUGUGGUUCCUGAAUUAAUUAAGCAAUUAAAAUAUCCUGUCAUUUUACCAUGGCUAGGAGCAAAGAGGGGUUUAAAGUGUGUUUGUGUGUCUCAGUCACCAGAUCUCAACCCAAUCGAACACUUAUGGGAGAUUCUGGACUGGUACCUGAGACAGCGUUUUCCACAACCAUCAACAAAAUACCAAAUUAUAGAAUUUCUUGUGGAAGAAUGGCGUUGCAUCCCUCUAAUAGAUUUCGAGACACUUGUAGAAUCUAUGCUGAUGCGAAUUGAUGUUGUGAUGGUGGCUCAUAGUGGCCCAAUGCCCUAUUAAGACACUUUAUGUUGGUGUUUCCUUUAUUUUAGCAGUUACCUAUAUCUCAUUAUAUUAACUUAUGUAGAAAUGUUCUAUUUUAUCGAAUACUGUUUUACAAUAUAUUUUUGUUAACGUUUCUGUAAUAAAAUACUUUUA